AGUCUGAAGAACACAACCAGAUCUCUCUCCUGUAAGAUGUAACGAAUCAAUCUUACCGUAACACAGCCUGGAGACAUGUGUGACGAUGGAACAAGAUGUUAAAUUCUGACGAGCACUCACCACCACCACCACCGCCACUGGCGAUGAAAAACCUUCAAGCUAAAACCACUAUGGACCUCUCAGAACCCGGCUCUGUGUCGCCUCUCUCAAUUAAACGAAGUCCCCUUCUCCCUCGCAGGACACCCUCCCCACAUCGGACCCGCUCCCGGACACCAUCUCCCUCCUCCGUCAGCAAUCCCUCCUCCGUCAGCAAGAGUCCAACUGUAUCCCAGAGAAACAAGAUACCAUCUCCCUCCCCCGUCAGCAAGAGUCCGACUGUAUCCCAGAGAAACAAGAUACCAUCUCCCUCCCCCGUCAGCAAGAGUCCAACUGUAUCCCAGAGAAACAAGAUACCAUCUCCCUCCCCCGUCAGCAAGAGUCCAACUGUAUCCCAGAGAAACAAGAAAGCUCCCGCAGCAGCAGCAGCGGCAGCAGGCCUGAAACUAAGAUCCUUGGUAACAGUCUGGAGGUUUGUAAAGAGAACGUACAACAGGACCCGCAGAACCUCCCCACUCCCUGAGAAGGAGCUGAGGAUAUCUGUGGUAGGGAACCUGGUGAAGAACUGCACGGAGACGUUUCUAAGUGAGGAGGGGACGGUAAGGGGGAGCUCAGCGGGGGAUACUGAGAGUAAUGUUAGUGCUGCGAACAGGAGGUUUAGCUCGGAUAGUGGGAACUCGUCUGGGGAGGAGUACCCGUAUUUCAUUGGGAAGCAGUGUAGAGAAUACUUGGAUAACCCCGCAAAUGACCGAAGUGCGGCUAUGAGCUGUGAUGAGUCGGACUUGUUGGAUCACCUUGACUGGAUAAAUGAUUUGGACGAGGCCACCACACUGUCUAACUACUCAUGUAUAACUCCAAGGUACAAAAGAGAAGAAGAGUACGUUAACAAUCUAAAGAUAGUGUCUUGGUGGGAAUUCUACUCUAAUGAAAGUAAUCUUAACGAGUGGGAUGAUGAGGUUCAGUUCUAUGAUGAGGAAACUGAUACAUUUAGAAAGUGGGCGAAUAAGCAUGACCUGGAUUUCGAGACGGUGUCCCUGUUGAGAAGCCUACAUUUAGAUGAUACGGUUGCGCUGUCCAAAAUGAACCACCAUCAACUUGCUGCAUUAAAAUCGAAAGGAAGCAUCAAAAAGCUUACUAAAGCCCUCAGUAGUUUAACAUUGGAACCAACUCCUAACAGAGUAGAAUUUCAAGACGACAUAUUUUCUGAUGACAAUCUCAAUAUAGUGGACGAUAAAGAAUUUAAUUUGCGACCCAAACUCUCGAGAAAUCUUCCACAUCGCCGCAGCACAAGAACCCCUGACAGGUCUGGAAAGAAAGCUUCAAAGAAUAUCCACGUGAGGGGAGACGGUAUCAGGACCGUAGGUCCAGGAGCAACGAGGCCGCGUCACGGUUACCAUGACAGCAGAAGGUUAUCUUGGGAACAUUUUACCUUCUUUAACCACAACAAACCCAACAGUGCUCCAUCAAGUUCCAACGUUAUUGAUAGGCCAGUGUCAGUGUCAGCAGCAAAGGCAUCACCAACCCCAAGUCCUAAGGCGAAGCACAAAAUAGAGCACUUCAAAUUUCCAUCAGAUAAGAAAGAUAAGUUAACGAACAAAAAGAGCAAAGCCUUAUUCCCAAGCGUUACUCCGGUUUAGCAGAAUUCUUCUUUACAUUUGAAAAUUCAGGGACUUCUGUGGUGUUUUCAUCAUUAUAUGUGGGGUCCCAUUACACGGAACUGUUGAACUGGGUUCAACCCACGUGAUGAUGACGUGAUGUGAUCAUGGGAAAGUGGUAGUCAGUACUCAGUAUAUUAUCGGUGGUAAGGGUCGUUCACAUAUUACGUAAUCAAUUUGUUGGCAAUUGUUAACCCCCCCCCCCCCUCCGUAAUCAGUUUUACACAUAGCUAUUGUGUCA